GUCCGUUUUGUUGGCUCAUCAUUACUCUUUAGUUGUCCAUUGUUCAAGAUGAGCUUCCAGGAUCACAACUACAUGGACCCGUCGACAAGUAGCACGGAUCGGCAAUCCCACUCGUUGACGACAGAAGAAAUGUUUGGCUUUUCAAUGUCUGAUCCUACACUCAUGUCACCCGCGUCCAUGGUCAGCCACGGCUCAACUCUUUGUGAAGGCCAGCACAUGAUCGACCCACUUUUGGAACAAGCUUAUGACAAAGUCCAGUUGGAUGCAUCCACACUGGCUGCCCAGUCCAAUAUUCUUCAGGUUAUUAAUCAGUUUUGUGCGCAUGUUCUUGAUAAUGCGUUCCUCCCGCGCCCUCUCUCCGCCUUUGAUGAUCUACCCCCCCUUCCAGACGCAUACGUAUUGAAUGAAAUUCUUUGCAUCUAUUUCGAAAAACUGCCUCCAACCAUUGCAAUCAUCCACGAAGAUGCCUUUUAUAAAUCCGCGUCAUUGCCUCCCAACCAGGAUACUACUCCCAUGCGUCCACCCUAUCAUCAUAAUCCCCCGCGACUCGGGUUGAGUCCUGUACUGCUGUACUCUAUGAUGGCGUGCGCCGCGCGAUAUCAUCCACAAUAUGAGGGCAACUCGGAUAUUGUCCGACAAGUCUUUUAUGAAAGGGGCAAACGGUUGAUGUUGGAAAAUCUCGGCAAACCGGAUUUGAACCUUCUCAAAGCCCUGUUGCAUUUGACGCUGUUUGGUGUAGAGCAUUCCUUGUGGAUGGAGGCGUACAUGUGGCUUGGUAACUCUGUGGCCAUGGGCAGAUUUUUGGGACUGUACAAAGAGAUACCUGUUAUUCCUAUGGGGCCUGGUGGGAACGGCGGCAUUGGUGCCGAAGAAGAUCUGAUAGGCGGCUUGUCACUGCAGCAAAUCACUGCCGAAGAAUCACGCCGAUGUUGGUGGUGGAUGCGCAACUAUGAUGCAUCUGGAUCUGCCGCAUCAAAACGUCCCCAAAUGAUAUCGGACGCAGAAUACGCAUCGACCCUUCUCCUUCCUUGCCCAGAUUCGCUCUUUUACGCCACGCGAUAUGGACUGAAACCGGACACACCCGUCAUCCCGCGUACACAAACAUUGGAUGAAUUCUACAGUGAAUUAUUCUCGGCGGAUUUGACUCACUCCUCUAUUGGUCCGAAUGGAUACAUUGCUGCCCUGACCGCCCUAUUCAAUCGCGUCACCCGAUUCCGGCAGCAAUGCAAUAAUGAUAAUAUUUUGCCCUUUUGUCCAGGUCCUGGUACGCAUACCCAAUUACUACGUGAAUUGGAAAGGCAUCAAGCGGAGCUGGAUAUGUGGUAUGGUAAAUUACCGCAAUGGGUGCAAGUCUUAAAUAGUGGCGUGAGGGAUCCGAAUGAUCCCAUUGUCGGGGGUGGCAUGUGCUGGGAGGAACAAUGGGUGAGGGAGACCUAUGAAUGGGGUAUUGCUCUGGUGAUUUGGCACGCGACGGUGGCAACGCUUCAUGGCCCUGACUACAAUAUGAUGACGAUGGGCUCACAGAUUGUAGGAUCGCUCCAAUCUAUGGCAGGAACCCAGAGGCCCCCCUCUCACAUCACUGCCGGGUUCAUGACAGCCGCGCGACUGGACGAAGUCCUGGCAGCCUGGCAAAACAGUCCGAGCUUUGGAAAAGCCAUUGAGCAUGCUGCUGUUGGCAGUCGGUUGUUGGAAGAGAUGGCCGCCAGGGUUGAGGCGAAAAAGAGGAGAGACACGCCCUUUUUUGGGUAUUGCGUCUGUCAGCUGGGCCUCCUCAACCUUAUUGCAGCCCGUCAACUAGCUCUCAUGCAGCGCACCGCAAACCCAGAUGAAACGGUAGCGUCCGUCCUCAAACACCGCGCCACGAGUAGUAUUUCCAUCCUUUACCACCAGUCCCAGGUCUUUAGCGCCAGUAAAACCGGCAUGCAGCUUUUGGAACGGGUCAUGACAGAGAUUGCUGGUGGGGAGGUUACCAUGCGGGUUAUGGGCGAGCUUGCUCGAGAAGGACGAUCGGGCACAGAGGAUGCGGCGGUGAAGGAGAUGCUAGUAAGGAAGGCUAUGGGGCAGACGGCUCAAAAGGUCUUGGAGGAGCCGGGCCAGUGUGCAGGCACGAUGGGGAUGGGAGGACAAAAGUUUGGGACUUUGCUUUGACAGCGUAUCCGAUUUAUAUCUUUGUUGAGGGAUUUUACCGAGUUGGGAUUAGCAAAUAUUGCGUUGAUGACGUACGGCGAAACAAAACUAUUUUUGUAGAUAUUGUCUUUUUAUAUAUACACUUGAAAUUAUGCGGUAACAAUGGUAGCAGUAGAUGAAGAAUAUGUAUUCGUCACAUCUAGC